CCUAGUGGUGAAAAUCUUCAACUGUCCACACAGGUCCAGUCUCUCGUUUUACGGCUUCAAAAUAGGCGCUUGGAAUCCUGGAAACCGGCGUGGACCACUUGGACAUCAUCUGACUGAGCUCUUCAACGUUCAAUACAGGGCACAGGAGGCUCCUCUUCCUCCUCCUCCUUCCUCCUCGAGGCCACUGCCCGUCUUGUCCCGCCUUCCUCUCUCCACGAAGCAGAAAUGUGCUGAUCGCUCCUCUCGCUCGAGCAAAGAUGAUUUCCGUCGUGUCCACUGUGGAGAGCCUUCCAAGGGGCACGGGGACCCCGGCACCGAGCGUGUACCAGCGGAUAAGAAAGAUUUUAAACAGGGACCUGUUGGUGACAUUGGCCUUCGGUCAAGUCUUGUCCUGUUUAAUCUGUGCCAUUGGCCUGACGAGCAAAUACCUGGCUGAUGACUUCCAUGCUAACACGCCGGUGUUCCAGAGUUUUCUCAACUACAUCCUGCUGUUUCUGGUCUACACCACCACACUGGCGGUCAGGCAAGGUGAAGGAAACUUGUUGGCCAUUUUGAAGCAGCGUUGGUGGAAGUACAUGAUUUUAGGUUUCAUCGACAUCGAGGCCAACUACCUGACACUAAAAGCUUACCAAUACACCACACUGUCCAGCGUGCAGUUGUUAGACUGCUUUGUUAUCCCAGUGGUCCUACUGCUGUCCUGGUUCUUUCUGUUGGUGAGAUACAAGUUCAUCCACGUUGUAGGCACAUUACUGUGUCUUAUGGGUGUUGGGUGCAUGGUGGGGGCUGACAUCCUACUUGGCCCUCAGCAGGCUCUCGGGGAACAAAAGCUGUUUGGUGAUCUGUUAGUUUUGGGAGGAGCAACUUUGUACGGGAUCUCCAACGUCUGUGAGGAGUUCAUCGUGAAGAACCUGAACCGUGUGGAGUUCCUGGGCAUGAUUGGUCUCUUUGGGUCAUUUUUCAGUGGCAUCCAACUGGCCAUAAUGGAACACAAGGAGCUGCUGAGGGUUCCCUGGAACUGGCAGAUAGGCAAGUUUUGGCUCUGUUGGAUUUUUGGAUUUUUCAAAACGCUACGCGUAAAGGACAUACAACAAAUCUCUGUUUGCGUUACAGGUCUUCUCUAUGUGGGCUUCAGUGCCUUCAUGUUCAGCCUGUACAGCUUCAUGCCGCUGGUAAUGAAGAGGACGAGUGCCGCCUCGAUCAAUCUCUCUCUGCUCACAGCUGACCUCUACAGUGUCUUGUGUGGCCACUUCCUCUUUCAUUAUAAGUUUUCUUGCCUCUAUUUGCUGUCAUUCAUCCUUAUUAUCGUGGGCCUGGUGGUUUAUUCCUCUACAUCCACCUAUAUGGUCCAGGACCCCCGAGUCUACAAGCAGUUCAGGAACACAGUCAACCAUCGUCCCAGUGAGUCCCUUCAGCCCAGUCAGCGAGUCUUGGAACCAUCUGUAGCAUACACCAGCUUGGGCCCUGAGUUGGGGGAGGAACCUAAUUAACAUGUCAUUUAGCAUGGUAUAUUAAAUUGUUGAUUGUUGGAGACUAAUGGUGGAUAUGUGGGAUGCAAACGCUUUGGCCCACAGUUGUGUACAAAGAGCUGUCUCUGAUGCUCACGUAAAACUGGGUGAUCACUUCCUGUUUGGACCAGGUAUUGAUUUUAUGGGCUAUACUCAGAACAAGAACAAGAAGCUACAGAUCCCCCACGACAGUUUCGUUCUACCUACCAGAACGUGUAUCUGAAAAAGACGGAAUGUUAUUGAUUCACUCAAGACUGGCCGCAACAGUGGUGAAUAUAAAUUAUGAAACCAUGUACAUAGGUUGGUAAAGUAUUAUUAUUUUCUCUUUCUCGUUAGCUCUUUCGAUACUGUACUGUUUGCGCUUGCUAAGCGUGCGGAAACUGUGUCUGUUUGUUUGUGGAUGCUUGAUGUGUUUUUUUUUUUGUUGACAUUUUACAGUGAAGCCAUCUGCUCAAACACAACUAUGUGGUAGUGAUUAAUGACUUGAGCCUUUAACUUUUUACUGCCACAAAUGGAAAUAAAACUUGAUGACCUAUACAGUAAAUGGACGUUAUUCAGUUCAAAUUGAGUUUUUGGUCAGCACAAAUACCCAUGUGUGAAUAUUACAGGAACUCCGGUCUGCUUUCAGAAUUGUAUAAUUUGUAAAUUACAGAAAAAUGACGACAAAGCAAAACAAUUCUGAAAUAAAACAGAGGUAA